AUGCCAGGUGCACUGCUUCCUAGCCACUUUUCUUUACAUUUCAGCAUUAGGCCGAAUGUGAUUGCUUUCCCAAAAUACCAAACGACCACGUCAGACCACGAGAAAGCACGUUCAUCCAUCUGCCUCGAUGCCAACGAGAAUUCCGCUGCCCCUGACCAAGUUGGUCUUGGAUCUGGUGCUUCAGACGUCAUCGAAGUCAUUAUACGAAUGACAUGCACCCCUGGUCAAGACAAGAUCCUGCUCUCACCUCCCACAUUUGAUCUGUACAAGGUUUGCGCAACCCUUCAAGGUGUCGAAGUGGAGGAGUGCAUGCAGGAUAUAGCUCAAGAUGGGACGUUUCGCAUCCCAGUGGAGCAGAUCUGCACCGCACUGUCGGAGGACGAUCGCAUCAAAGUUCUGUUACUAGCAUCACCCGGAAAUCCCACAGGCACGUUGAUUCCAGUGGAUCAGAUACAGCGCAUACUUGACCUGGAAGAAUUAGCCUUCAAAGGCAUCGUCGUAAUUGACGAAGCCUACAUAGAUUUUGCACCAAUGGCAAAGGAGGCCUCAGCUGUUCAGCUCUUGCCAAGGUACAAUAAUCUAAUCGUAGUUCAAUCUCUGAGCAAAUCUCAUGGACUCGCUGGAAUCAGGGUCGGUAUGGCUAUUGCGCAUCCUGCCAUCAUAGAGCUUUUCUCAAAGGUGCAAAUGCCAUACAAGCUGUCAAGUGUAGUCUUAGAUCUUGCCGAACGAGCGCUCUCAACAGAGGGACAGGCUUGUGCGAUCGCACUGCAGCACCAGGUCAUGACUCAACGAGAAUGUCUGGUUAAAAUGCUCGCGGACCCUUUACUUGCCUCCAAUGGCAUUGGCGCUACAAUUGGAGGCCAAGCUGCAAACUUUGUGCUGAUUCCAAUUCUUGUUGGGGAAGAACGAGACGAUAUGCGAGCUCGGCAGCUGACGCAGCAACUCCGAGAUCGGCACGGUAUUUCUAUCCGAUAUGUUGGUGCGCAAGCUGGUUGUAGAGGUUGUGUGAGGAUUACGGUGGGUACGAAGGAUGAGACGGAUGCGCUACGAAAAGCCCUCCACACCUUGCUUUUGGAAUAA